UAAGGAUGGGUUUGAAGGUUUUGUAUAGGAAUAGAAGGAAGAGUUAUAGAAGAGUGCCUAGUCUUGCACAUAAAAAGCCCAACUCACUCUCAAAACCAAGACAUAAAUAGACGAAAACAGAGUACAAAAGACGAAGCCUUCGAUAAUGUCUAUGGCAGCAAUUGACACCAACCUCCGCCUCCAAAUCCAUCAAGUUUUGCCGAUCCUGGCUCUUCAACGUUCCAAAGCACAUCUACCAAUUGAAAUGCCUACAGCUCAGGAGAUAGCUCGAUCUACAGCCCAAAUAAGAAUAUUACUGAUACAUUUGGAGAGAAUCCUGAUAAAUUUAAACGCAAUGGAGGCAAGCGUUUCUCUCCAAUAAAGUUCAACAAGCGGAAGUGUUAUGACUUCGUUAGAUCUAACUCCAAACAAACCAAAGCAACCCAAAAGAUCAAAUUACAGAAAGUUGCUCAAAUGAAAUUGUUCAAGGGACCUUUCUGAAAUGACCACCAGAGCAGCCUGAGCAGUAGCCGGAAGACCACUGAGCGUAUGUACAAGCCUCAUUCCAGGAGGAGCCAUCGGAGUAAAAGUAGUAUUGGGAACUAUUCCUCUCAAAAUUCCCUAGAAGGCAAAUAAAAUCCCUAUAAUCAACAAAUACUCAGAGUACUUCGACCUUGAAAAGAAGCAGAGUAGUUACAAAAAUAAAAUCAGAAAUAAAGUUGCACAGAGCUUUGCAGAUAUGUUCUUCGAAAACCAAAAGGUUUUCAAAAAUGCUCUACUUAAAUUCAACGUCGCCACACAUUGUUACGAAGAGAAUGUCAAGCCAAAAGUUAAGAAAAAGUCUGCAAGGAGAAACAAGCUUGUCAAGUCGCAAUCUAAGCAGAAAAUUGUACUCAAAAUCCCAACUAUGAUAUCCGUCUGUAUGGAGAAACCAAUCUUGAAUAUUGAAAAAUCACAGAAAUCUGAGAAAUUAUCUGAUUCCAGUGAAAACUCUGAUAGUCUCAAGCUGAAGUUGAGGAAGAAUAAGCGGUAUAGCAAGAUGAGGAAAAACAUGAGCAAGAUCGAGAAGAUCGCCAGAAAGGUUUCAAGACAACAGCUUAAAAUAAAGGAGCGGAAUGUUAACCAGAGUGUUCAGAUUCCUGCCCAAGCUGCUCAAAAUCCAUUGGUCAAGAAUUCGUAUAAGACUAAAUAAUAUUAGAAGGAAUGGACCUCUGAUCGAAUGCGCUCUUUCACAACUAAGGAGGUCUAAAGAGUACCAGACUCUUGAUAUCUCUAAAGAUGGCAGGAGGGAUUCUAACCUAGACUAUAAGACUAAAAAUAGUAUGAUGAUUGAUCAAAAGACAAAUGCAAUGAAUAAUCAAGAUAUUGACAAGAGUACCUUGAGCAUUGAGCAACGGAAACAGAACAAAUCUGCAGUGAAGAGCUUAGUUUACUGCAGCACUGUUCAAAGUAUAGGGAAGAAAAUCAGUGAAGCAAGCAUUGAGAAGAUUAGUGAUAUUGAGGAUAGAAAGAAAUCCAUCUCAAUGCUGAACAACAAAAUCGAGCCGUAUAAAAAUCUUCCAAAAAUUUAAGCCAAUUAAAGAGAAAAUUAUUUCUGAUACUCAAAAGAAAGUCUUAAAGGCUAGGAAUGAUAGGCGAAGGAACUCUGGAAGAAAUACAAAGGCUUUAAACCAGGACAUUCAAGAGUUCAAACAAAAGUUUAACACAAUCCAGAAUUCUGCAGGAAAAGUGAAGCCAAAACCAUUGAAGAUGCAUAAGACUCGGAAAAAUACAGUCGUGAAUGAUGAUGAACCUUGCUUUGGAACAUAUAGCGUAGUUGAUCUCCUGCAGAGACCAGCCAUUGCCAGCCAGUAUAUUCCCUCAAAAGGUUUCAGAUCAUUUUCAGGAAGGAAAAACAGAAAUGGGGUUAGAUCUAAUAUCUCAAACCCUGCUAAGAAGUCUGGAUGAUCUUUUAUUAUGCAUAAAGAAAGUCCAGAAAAGUUGAGGAUUUCUUAGACCCUUUGGUAGCUUUAACAUAUGCUUAAAACUUAAGCAUGGAGCAUGACAAUAUUUCCUGAGCUACUAAAAUUUU